AAUGUGGAGCAUACAUUCCCUUCCAAAUAAAUAUACUAGAUCGAAUGUCGAAGGAGAAAAAGUUUGUUAUCAUCUUUUCACAAAUAAAGAAUACAAACUUGGAAGAUCGCCGAAUUGUGAUCUAUCAUUUCCUGAAAAUAAGGCUAUGAGUAGAGAGCAUGCUACAUUAACGCUUAAAUUUAACCGGAAUGAAAUAAAUAACUCUAAAAUAUUUCCCAUAAUAAAAUUUAUGGAUAAAUCCACUUCAGGAACAAUGUUUCAACCUAAAAACAAAACUAUUAAAGGCGGCGAAAUAGAUAUUGCAGAGCCUACAGUUUUCUGGAUUGGAAAAUCAAGUUAUAAAAUUGUUUAUGAACCUUUUGUUAUCUGUCCUUCGGGAUUAAAUUUUGAAGAGAAAAGAAUAGUAGAAAAUGAUAUUUUAACUCUUGGAGGUCAUAUGGUAAAUGAGUGGUCGUCUGAUGUUACUCAUUGCUUAAGCAACAAAAUUAUCCUAACGAAAAAGGUUGUCUGUGCGUUGGCAUCUGGAAAACCUAUUGUACAAAGAAGUUUUAUUACAAAAUUGAUGCAAGAUUUUCACUUAAAAAAUAGCGAAUCUCCUGAUCCUAGAGAGCAUCUACCUAAGUUUGUAGCAGUGAAUUUACAGGAAAUGGGGGUUAAGCCAGUAGAUUGUAGUGAAAAUUUGAAGAGAAAUAACCUAUUAAGGGGAUGGAAAUUUUUUCUAAUGAGUAAAAAUCAAAAAUCAUUACUAGCCAAUGCUUUAAAAGAGUUAGACGCUAAAGUUGUAAUAGUUGAAUCGGAGAACGAUGCUAAAUUACUUUGUCAAGAAAUUGAAAAGCCUAAAACAUGCGUACUUGGAGUUGAUGUAAGCAAAAUAGAGUCGACUGCAGUAAAGAAUAUGUAUCCCCUUAUCAGAAAGAAAUUGAAUGACUUGGGAAAACGAUUUAUAACAGAUAGUGAUGUAGCAAUGGCUAUGAUAAAGUGUGAUCCCAUGGGAUACUGCGAUCCUAACUUACCAGCGCAAUCUCAAUUGCAGACAAAUUCGGAACAAUCACAAUUUAACGUAUUUGUUAAUACAAAAUCUUCAUCAACCGGCUCUCCUCCCACUAGAAAAAGACCUUCUGAAUCUUUUGAAGAGACUAUCAGUAAACGUUCAAGGAUAUCCAGCGAUACGGCCUCAAUAAAAUUGGAGAAUACCUUUGAAUCUACUAAAUCAAGUAUCAGUGUAUUCAAGGAUAGUGAUAUAAAUACAGAGAAGGAUGCUACUCAAAGCAGAAGAAGUAGUAAAAGACACUUUGACGAAAACGAAGAGAAUAGCACUGAAUCAGAUAUUGUUCAGUCCUCCAUACCAUGGCCUUCUCCAAUACAGCGACAGGAAUCAAAGGUUGUCUCUCCCCCUAGAAAAGUAAAAAAAGUCGAACGAAUUAUUGACACAAAAAGUGAAAAGAGGACGGAAAUUGUCCAAAAUGAUGAUAUAGGAAAAUUUAAAAUGCUUGAAUCCACUAAUAAGUGGUUGUCGAAAAAGAGAGUUCCGAACAAUUGUAAAUAUGUGCCCGAAAAUGAUGAUUUACAGAAUGUUGAUGGAGAUCUAUUUACAGUCAAAUCUGCUAGUUUGGUUCGAGAUAUUGAAAAGCGUCGCAAAAAAGUAGUCAAAGGGAAGAAUUAUGUACUACCUGAAGUAAUAGGUCUAUCAGAUAUGGUCAAGCAUACUGUAAAAACUAUUGAAGAUCUGUCAACUGUAGGGACCUCCAAACAGCAAUACUUGGAUAAUGAUAGUGCCAGCCAAAAAGUUAGCGAGCUGUUUAAUUAA